AUGUACAAGCGGUGCGCGUUUUCCAUCACCGACCAGUUAGAAAGCAUGUGCGACAAUGUACAGAGAAUAUAAACAGAAACUUGAUGAAAUCGGGAAAAAAGACACGCCCCCUUCACGGAUGAGUAAACACCAGGGAUCACUUCCUGUAUUCGGGAAGCAAACAAGAAUGGCAGACCGGGAGAAGUUGGACGCGCUAUCACUGCUGAGGGAAGGGUUACGAUACGAGGGGACAGGGGCCUCGCACGUGUUCGUCAUCCUUGGGGCAUCGGGAGACUUGGCCAAGAAGAAAAUUUAUCCCACAUUAUGGUGGCUCUACAGAGAUGGCCUAGUCCCGGAGAAGACGUACUUCAUUGGAUACGCUCGCAGCAAAAUGUCAAUGGAGGACAUUCGACAGAAGGCGCUGCCGUUCAUGAAGGUCAAGGAUUCUGAAAAACAGAAAAUGGAAGAGUUUUUCAAGGUCAAUGAGUAUAUUGCUGGCAGUUAUGAUAAACCAGACGGGUUUGCAAAAUUGAACAAAGCCAUCGAAGAAAAAGGCAGCUGUAACCGCAUCUUUUAUCUCGCCCUACCUCCCUCUGUCUAUGAGACGGUCACAUUGAAUCUCAAGGCUGUCUGUAUGUCCAAAGGAGACAAAUGGACACGUAUUGUGGUAGAGAAGCCGUUUGGUAAGGACCUCGAGAGCUCUAAUCAGUUAUCCAAUCACCUUGGAGCUUUGUUUAAGGAGGAGGAAAUCUACCGAAUCGACCAUUAUCUCGGCAAGGAAAUGGUGCAGAAUCUCAUGGUGUUAAGGUUUGCCAACAAGAUUUUCAGUCCCGUGUGGAACAGAGAUGGAAUCGCCUCGGUCGUCAUCAGCUUCAAGGAGCCGUUCGGGACCCAAGGAAGGGGAGGCUACUUUGAUGAGUUUGGAAUCAUCAGAGAUGUGAUGCAGAAUCACCUUCUACAGAUCCUGACCUUGGUUGCCAUGGAGAAGCCUCCAUCUACUGGUGCCGAGGACAUCAGGAAUGAGAAGGUCAAGGUUCUGAAGAGUAUUUCCCAAGUGGAGCUUGACAAUGUCGUCCUGGGACAGUAUGUGGGAAAUCCCGAAGGACAGGGGGACGAGAAACAGGGCUACCUGGAUGACCCAACAGUUCCCAAAGGCUCCGCGACCCCAACCUUUGUGACAGCUGUCCUGAUGGUGAAAAAUGAGAGAUGGGAAGGUGUGCCAUUCAUACUCAGGUGUGGAAAAGCCCUGAAUGAGAGGAAGGCUGAGGUCAGGAUACAGUUCAAGGACGUGGCAGGGGACAUCUUCCCAGCAGGGGAGGUGAAGCGGAACGAAUUAGUGAUCCGUGUCCAGCCAGACGAGGCAGUGUACCUUAAGAUGAUGACUAAAUCGCCGGGCAUGACUUUUGGCUGUGAAGAGACGGAGCUUGACCUGUCUUAUAAAAGUCGAUACAAGGACUCCAAGCUUCCCGACGCCUAUGAACGUCUCAUUCUGGAUGUUUUUACUGGUUCCCAAAUUCACUUUGUUCGCUCUGACGAACUCUACGAGGCGUGGAGAAUAUUUACACCAUUACUUCACAAAAUAGAAAAAGAGAAACCCAAACCAAUUCCCUACAAAUACGGCAGUCGUGGCCCAUCUGAAAGUGACGAAUUGUGCUCGCGUUUUAACUUUAUCUACACUGGAACUUACAAGUGGGAAAAACCAGCACCAAAAAUGUGAUAUAUUAACCUGUGAACAAAACAUUAAAGAAGAGUGAAUGAAAUCUGACAUUACAGCUAGGACUGAACAAAAAUAAAAGUGUACAAACCUCAGAGUGCUAUAUUUAGAUUAGCCAGACAUCUUGUAUUAUUGUGUCAUGUUUCUUUAAGCAUGCUCUAUGUCUUCACAGUACAAAGUAAACCCACAGCUGGUCUUGCAUACACUUACUGACUGUGCUGAAUAUUUCUGAAUAUCAUGUGAAUACAGUAAAUCAUACGUUCUAUGCCAAUUGGCUCUGUCAUACUUUCAUAAAGAAAGUCAUCAGUCCUAUUGAUGCCUACGCAUGCUUCCAUAAACAACUGCAGGAUUUUAUAACUUGGUCUCCAUUUUAAAUGUGUCCAAAUUUGAGUAAAGAGUUUCAGUCUUAUUUGUAGAUUCAGUGUGAUCAAUUUUCAUUGAAUUGAGAAGCUUUAUAACGGAGUUGGUUCAUCAUCAGGAAGCAUAUUUAAGAGUCUGUUAGUGGGUUUCCCCAUUGUAAUCAAUCAUACUUUAGUGUCAUUUGUGUAUAUCUAAUAUUCCUUUUAUAAACAGACAGGUUUAGACAUUCAAACAAAAAAUGCUAUACACAUAUCAACGAGCUGUUUCUGUGUUUUUCUACUGGUAGUUGGGGGUGAAAUCUGGUUGAGAAUGUUAAUUAUAAGAAGUGGAAUGGUUUCUGUUGAUAAUAAUAAUUACUAUCAAGUUGUUGUUGAUAACCUAAAUCUUUGUGUAGUUUUGUGUAUUAAAGCAUCAAUUAAAGUGCUCAGUUGUACAUAAUUUCUGUAUAGUGCUACAAUCAGGAACUUGAUCACCAGGGUAAAGCCAUUGUUUGUCGUUUUAUGUAAAUAUUCAUAAUAUUCCAAAUGUAUAUAAGGUAUUAAAGGGACUGUCUUUAAGGUUUUGUACUUUUACACUCAGACACAAUGUAAAUUUUUUUUAUCAAUUUACAAAAUGUCUGUCUUUAUUAUUGAAAAUGGCUCAUAUUGCACACUUACAUAAUGUACAUGUACUUUAUCAUGUUAGAAGAGUUGCUGUAAAUAAUAUUACAUUGAUCAAAUACUAUUAAUAGUAGUCCAUCUUUUUUCUUUCAUUCUGGUGACAAUUUAUUUGAAUGUACCCCCUGUGAUUGUAUAUGUUAUUAAAUUAUUUUUUAAACUUUUAUAUUUUGUCAUGAAAACCAGCAGAAUUAAAAAUCAAAGUUUGUAAAUGAAAUGCUUAAACUCUUUUUUAAGUAUUAUAGCAACAUUUCAUCAAGUGUCUUGACAUUCAAUAUUUGUCAAGUUGAAUGAAGCAAUUUUAGAACAUGGCAGUUUAUCUUUAUCAAGCAGUUUGCAAACUGCAUUUUUUGUUAUUUUGUCUUGUCAAUAAUAAGUAACUAAUAGAUGAAUUAUUGUCCCUAUUGUUAUGUAUUACAUUUUCAAACACACAGCAUUAUUUAUUCUGAUAUAUAUUUUACAAUCUACAAUAAACUGUUCCACUGAAAUAUCUUGAUGUUC